AUGCUUUCUGUGUUGCUGGUAAAUGGGCUCCUUGUUCGUGAGCCUGCUUAUGAUGCGUUGCAAGACAGGCAGAAGGGGGGGAAGGAGUUCAUGAGCGGAUGCAAAUUCACGAAACGUAUUGGCGCUAUCCCUGGCAAAGCAACAUGGACGAGUAAAGACUGGGCCGUGGCCAUCCUCGCCCAUAUAAAGUCCGCCGACGGGGGAUUGCCCACUAUGGAUCUCUGA